AAAAAUGGCCCAUUUCUUUUGAAGGGCAUGUGAGAGUGUUCUUACUAUAUUGAUCCUCAAGCGCUUCAAAGCUUCGACCCUUGCAUCUUGCGUCGCCAAUUUUCUUGGGUCAAGAAAAACGUUGAAGCGACCUCUCUCUCUCCGCCCAUUUAUUCGUCCAUUCUUCCAUGGCGUCGUCGCAGCUUAACUUCACGAACUUGAACGUAACCCUAAAUGCCACGUCCGGAAGGCCUUCUUCCUCGUCGAGGAAAUGGGGAAGGUUCCGUUGCUCCUCCAGUUCUCGCCCUUCCUCCAAGUCCUACAAGCUCACCCUUCUCCCUGGCGACGGCAUUGGCCCCGAAGUCGUCUCCGUGGCCAAGGACGUGCUGCUGCUCGCGGGGUCUCUCGAAAGAAUCAGUUUCCAAUUAAUUGAGAUGCCAGUGGGGGGAGCGGCACUUGACUCAGUGGGGGUUCCAUUGCCGGAUGAAACUCUGGCUGUUGCUAGAGAAGCAGAUGCUGUUCUUCUUGGGGCCAUUGGAGGGUAUAAAUGGGAUAAUAAUGAGCACCACUUGAAGCCAGAAACAGGGUUGCUUGCACUUAGGUCUGGGCUUGGUGUGUUUGCAAAUUUGCGGCCGGCAACAGUUUUACCACAGUUGGCUGACUCGUCCACUUUGAAGAGAGAGAUAGCUGAGGGAGUUGAUAUCAUGGUAGUCAGAGAACUUACUGGAGGGAUCUAUUUUGGACAACCAAGAGGUUUUAAAACAAAUGAGAAAGGUGAGGAUAUAGGCUUCAACACUGAAAUCUACUCAUCUUCUGAGAUCGAUCGCAUUGCUCGUCUAGCAUUUGAAACUGCUCGAAGACGACGUGGAAAACUCUGCUCAGUUGAUAAGGCCAAUGUUUUAGAGGCGUCCAUGCUUUGGAGAAAAAGAGUAACAGAGAUUGCACAAGAAUACCCAGAUGUUGAGCUGUCACAUAUGUAUGUUGACAAUGCAGCGAUGCAACUUAUACGUGAUCCCAAACAGUUUGACACGAUUGUGACAAAUAACAUCUUUGGUGACAUUUUGUCAGAUGAAGCCUCCAUGCUCACUGGGAGCAUUGGUAUGCUCCCUUCUGCUAGUGUUGGUGAAUCGGGCCCUGGACUUUUUGAACCCAUUCAUGGUUCUGCUCCUGACAUUGCAGGACAGGACAAGGCAAAUCCAUUAGCGACAGUACUUAGUGUUGCUAUGCUUUUGAGAUAUGGACUUGGAGAAGAGAUUGCAGCCAAAAGAAUAGAGAAUGCAGUGCUUGGUGCAUUGGACAUGGGUUUUCGAACUGGUGACAUCUUUUCAACUGGAAAGACAUUGGUUGGAUGCAAGAGGAUGGGUGAAGAGGUGUUGAAGAUAAUUGACUCUCAGAAGCCAGCUGCUGUUGUAAGCUGAUUUUCUGUUUUCUGAGAACAGUAAUUUUACUCGGGUUGGUGAGUUUUUUUCCCCUGCACAAAUCUGAAAGGAUAGCAGGGGAAAAAAUAUGAGGUUGGCUUUGUUUUGACAUUUCUAUCUGCUGCAAAUUAAACCUUCUGGUUGUGUUAGAAUAUUUUACUAUUCUCUAGAGAAAAUUGAGGUUGUUUAUGUUA